AUGGCGCCUCCCGUGUUUGAAACUUGCCAUGUCGCGUGUUGUGCAAAUAGGACCCCAAAUGUGGUUUCAUGGGGUCGAGGAGGGACUGUGGCUUUCGGGACUUGUAACUCGGUUGCUCUGUAUAAUCCGCAGGAAAGGACCAUUGUCGCUGUGUUGAACGGGCACACGGGCAGAGUAAACGCGGUGCGUUGGAUACACCCAAGUGACAGCGGACUUGAACGUCACUUGGUUUCUGCCGGAUCAGACAAUAGAGUUAUUGUAUGGGAAGCGCAAAAUGACACUUUCAUUCAGUUAGUGGACUUUACCGGUCACACUGCUCCUGUGUCUUCUGUGGAUGGGAUAUACCUGCACAAAAGCCAGAUCCUCAUAGCAUCUUCAGCCUCCGACUCUUCGGUCCGUCUGUGGCUUUGCAGUGGAGAGAAGACUGGUGAAACUGAGUGCCUCCAUACCUUAUCAUUCGGCAGUGGAUUCAUGAUGGAUGUGUCUCUGGCGCUGUUGCCUGGCAGCAGAGUUCCCAUCGUGGCGUGUGGGGGUGAUGACUCUCGGGUUCAUCUUUAUGUACUCAACCACGGAAAUGAUCUCCAGAAGGCUUUGACUUUGCAAGGGCAUGAAGACUGGGUCCAUGGUGUUGCUUGGACUUCUAUUGGUGGGGAGCUGCUAUUAGCCAGCUGUUCACAUGACUGUCUUAUCCGAGUGUGGAGGCUAUGUGCCAAGUCUGGGAUGGAUGCCCACUCAGAUGACAAUCCCAGCAUCAUCAAAAUGAAAGAGGACAUUUUUCAAGUAAAUGAACAGGAUGUGUCCUUUAAGUUUGCUGUGUCUCUGGAGACUGUUCUGGCCGGCCAUGAGAACUGGGUUUAUGGGGUCCAUUGGCAUCCUCCGUUCUAUAGAGACGGUGAGAGACAUCAGCCCCUCAGUCUGCUCUCUGCUUCUAUGGAUAAAACUAUGAUUCUGUGGGCCCCUGAGGACGACUCUGGAGUCUGGGUGGAGCAGGUGCGCGUUGGAGAGGUUGGCGGAAACACACUGGGCUUCUUCGGUUGCCAGAUGAGUCCGGAUGGUUCCAUGAUCAUGGCUCACGCUUUUCAUGGAGCUCUGCAUCUCUGGUGUAAACACCACAAUGACAAGGGCGAGUGGAGACCUGCAGUGGUCAUAUCUGGUCAUUUUAAUGCAGUCCAAGACCUGAGUUGGGAUCCCGAGGGAGAGUUUAUCCUCAGUGUGGGCUCCGACCAGACAACUCGGCUCUUCACACCGUGGAAGAAAAAUGAUGGAAAAUUGUUGACCUGGCAUGAAAUCUCCAGACCUCAGAUACAUGGCUACGACAUGCACUGCUUGGCGAUGGUUGGGAGGUUCCAGUUUGUCUCAGGAGCUGACGAGAAAGUCUUAAGAGUUUUUCAAGCACCUCGUAAUUUUGUGAAGAACUUUGCCAAUAUCUCUGGAUUCUGCAGAGAAAGGCUACUUAUGACAGGUGAUGCUGCUAAACUUCCAGAGGGAGCAAGUACACCUGCCUUGGGAUUGUCUAACAAAGCUGUUUUUCAAGAUGACCUUGUUCAGAAAAGCGGUGAGGAUGAGGAUAGGUUCAACAGAGUUUCAGAUCAAUACCAGGAGUCGUACUUCCACCCACUCAACAUGACAGAGCCUCCACCAGAAGACCAUCUUUUACAGAACACCCUGUGGCCUGAGGUUCAGAAACUGUACGGCCACGGCUUUGAGAUGUUCUGUCUGGCAGCGGACAGAGGUGGGACUCUGGUGGCCUCUGCCUGCAAGGGCACUAAACCGGAGCAUGCGUCCAUCUUGCUGUGGGACACUAGCAGCUGGCGGCAGGUGCAGGCGCUGUCCUUCCACACCCUCACUGUCACUCAAUUGGCCUUUUCCCCCGAUUCUAAAUUCCUCUUGGCAGUUUCCCGUGACCGCACCUGGUCUUUAUGGAAGCAUAAUUCCACAUCUGAAAGUGCAGAGCAUUUCUCUCUAUUUGCACAUACAUCCAAGGCGUCAGCCGUGCACACCCGCAUCAUCUGGUCAUGUGACUGGAGCCCAGAUGGGACAUACUUCGUCACAUGCAGUAGAGACAAAAAGGUGAUCGUGUGGGGCAGCAUAGGUCCUGAAUGGACAAACCUUGACAUCAAGCCCUGCUCCUCUGUUCUGGACGUCGGUGAUUCGGCCACAGCUGUAGCAUUCUGCCCGGUUUUCCACUCUACGAAAAGUUACCUGCUUGCAGUGGGCCUGGAGUGUGGAAGGAUCCUUUUGUACAAAUGGACUCAUGGUUUGGAGCCUGAGCCUGAUUCUGAUUGGAUCUUUUGUGGACAGACAGACGGCUCACAGAGCCACUGUUUGGCGGUUAAGCGUCUCCGCUGGCGACCCAGAGCUGGUCGUGCAGGUCACGGCCACAGGGGGGAGGUCACACAGGAUGAAGAGAAAAACAGACUGACUGACAGCGAGAGCUCUUGGGCACAGCUCGCCAGUGCCAGUGCCGACCACUCUGUCAAAAUCUUCUCCAUCAACAAACAGGCUCUUUAG